AUGCACGCUCGAGUCGACGAGGGUCUCAACCGCGAGCCUGUGCGUCCUGUCGUCACCGCAAGAUUAAAUGUGAUGGCGAGAAACCCUGCGAAGCUUGUCGAUGGUACAGGAAGCCGGAGUUGUGUACCUACCCAGAGCGACAUGAUUCUCAAAGUUCACCAAGGUAAAAUAGCGGAACUGAAUGCGAGAAUGCAAUCUGACCGGAUCAAACCUGUAUAUACUAAUCAGAUGAAUAGCCACUCAAAUACUCACUCAGAGAAGCCAGCAACAGCUCCAACUGACUACCGGAGCACAUUGGCAAGGCUGUUUCCUGACACUGCCCCUGAGAAUAUCGCCCAUUUAUCAAGGGAUGAGCUCCUGGCUUUGAUGUCUAUUGAUGGCCCCCAAUAUGCUCAGCCCCAAGAUUCACCAGCGAAUGUCCCCUCUGUUGGGACGAAGGCCUCCACAUUAUCAAUGGAACGGCCCGACCUGGAAUCUUUACAUUCAAUACCAGGAGAACAGCUCGAAGAGAAUCAGAGUUCUGGCACAUCGGAAUCAAUCGGGCACAUCUCAGACGACGUGAAUGCACUAUCCUUAACAAACCGCCAUCCUACAUCAUAUCUAGGAGUAUCAUCCAUUCAAGCCGCACUCAAGGUGAUCGCGUGGCUCCACCCGGAAUUCGAAGCCUACUUUUCUCUCGCCUUAACCAAAGAGCAAAGCGGCCAGCAAAAUAGUGUGUCACCUCAGUCCUUGGUUCCACCCGUUUCAUGCCCACCACCGACCGAAAUAGAGAUGCUGGAUGCAUACUUUGCCAAUUUCCAUCCGUUCGCACCACUUUUGGACGAAGAAAAUUUUCGAAAAACUUAUCUUGAUGGCCAGCGGAGGGACAACCGAUGGCUGUCAUUGUUGAAUAUUGUUCUCGCGUUGGGAAAUAUCGCAGCAUCAGGAUCCGGUGCAGAUAACCAGAUACAUUAUGCAUAUUUCCAACGUGCCAUGAGUCAAUUGAAUCUGAGCGCGCUUGGAACCCCCAGUCUGGAAGUCACCCAGGCACUCGGUCUCAUGGGUGGCUGGUAUUGUCACUAUAUCAGUCAGCCAAACUUGGGAUAUUCUCUGAUGGGCGCUGCUAUGCGAAUGGCAAUCACGUUGGGUCUGCAAAGAGAGCCAUACGACAGUCAUAUAUCCGUGAAUCCCUCGAGGUCGAGAGCGCAGGAAUCUAAACGCCGUGUUUGGUGGUCACUUUGUUGUUUGGAGAUAUGGGGUCUUGAAACACUUGGCCGACCGAGUAUGGAUUGCUUUGGUCCUGGUAUAACCGUUAACCUCCCUAGCCUACUCGACAAGGAAAAUUAUACAAAGAUUCUGGCUUUGACCGAGAAUGUUCAGUUUGUGCGAAUCGCUACGAAAAUUCACGGAUUACUCGCCUCCCUCCCAACAAUAAAAUACGCCGAAAUGUUCGACAUAGACUCACAGCUCGUUCAGUGGUGGAACAAUCUUCCUGCAAUUCUAAAAGACUAUGAACCUUGCCCGGAGUCUAUGUAUGCUGUGCGUACCGUCAUGCGCUGGCGAUAUAAAAACCAGCGCAUGCUACUAUACCGGCCCACGCUUCUCAACUACGCUAUUCGAAGAAUCCCCUUCAUGGCUGUCCGAGCCGAGGAGCGUGCUGCAAUAGAGAACUGUCGCGAGAUCGCCAAAUCCUUGAUUCAGGACAUCUCAAUAACGGCGCCGUUGAAUAACAUGAUUGGCUGGAACGCAGUGUGGCUCUUAUUCCAGGCAACAAUGGUUCCGCUAGUCUGCCUUUCUCUCGGCUCAACACAUGAUGUUUCUUCUGGGCUGUCUGAUGACUGCAAGGCACAGGUCGAUACGGCUAUAAUGACCCUUGACCGGUUGAAACCUUACGGACAUACAGCGGAACGCUCACGAGAAGUCAUUUCGCGAAUCCUGGAAGCCAACAUGCAAAGUCCCAAUGGGGAGCCAUUUGACGCCAGUGCGAGUCAAAUUGGUGGUCAAGAUUUCCCAUUUAUGAACAUUUUGACCAACUCGCAAAGUGUCGGUCAGGAUCAGUUGGCGGAUCGGAUGACUACGGGAUUUGGGAACGGCUGGUCCGAGUCCAUGUGGGAAUAUUUGAGCUGGGAGUCUAGUGAUCUCUGGCCAGAGAUUUCUAAACUUAACGUGCAGAACGAAGUGAUGCCGUUUUUGGAUCCCGUCGAUACUGAGAUGUGA